GAGUAACACGUUCUUCAUUUUCCAUUUUCAUAAGAAUAGUCAUCGUGAAAACUAAGAACACAUAUAUAUAUAUAUAUAUGCAUGCAUUUCUUGAAUACCCUAGACGCCUUUUCCUUGAAGGCGGAUAAUUAAAUUUAACCCUUAUAUCAUUAAUUUUACCUGCAGUUCCUAAAAAUAGAGACAAAUUUAGUAGCCAAAUUCUCCUCCUCUUUUAGGGCCUUUGUUAUACCCCCUAUAAUAAAGAAUAAGUUUAUGAAUCUACAAAUUUUCAAUUCCUAAGCAUGCAACUAUUCAUUCAAUAUCUUGUUUGAUCGAUUAGUAAUCCUCACUCUUCAUCCCCUCAAAUUGCAUUUUACCAUCUUUUUUUCGGUUUGCGUUAUCCUAAAUUGACUAGUUUUACGUUGGCUUAUCAACUUCUCUCGUAAACCGUGCCGACCGUAACUUAUUUGGAAUUAUAUUGUGGUAGAGUUGGUGUUGUUCUUGUUGUUAUUUUUUUAACCUUUCUUGCAAAAUUCACAAAAAUGGGUGGUGAAGUAUCUAAGAUAAAUGCUACACCAACUAGGGUACCCCCAAAAUUCCUAUAUCGCUUAGAUGAUAUAAGAAAAAAAAGGCGUAUCAACAGACGAACAUCCAAACAGUCUACAUCUUUUAAGAAAGAAUUGCUUUCUGAUCAAGUCCUAGACGAGUAUGAGAAAGAAAGCCUAAGAAAAGAGGAGUCUGUUUAUAAGGAUAUGAAAAAAGUAGAAGCAGAAAAGGAAAGGGUAGCAAAAUUGAUAGAAGCAAUUGUUGAGGAAGAAGAAGAAGGGGAUCUUGGAAAUGUUGAAGAUGAAGAUAAUGACAAUUAUAAAGAUGAUGAGAGGGUGAUUAAGCGUCAUGUUGAGGAGGAUAAUUGUCCUGGUUCACCAAGUUUUAGAGUUUACUUCACAAAUAACAAUGUUGAAAACAAGAAGAAUGAAGUUAAUAUUGGUAAGAAGAAUGUAUUUAAGGACACAACCCCAAUUGCAGCUACCACACCAAUUGUCCCUAUGGUUGCUACCAUACAACCAUUAACAAAGGAGCCCGUGAUCAAGGAGGGGCCGAAGAAAGAAAGGAAGAGGAAGAGUUUUAGAAGAGCUCUGCCUAAGAAUCUGUUGAACGUUCGAUCAUGUUGCUCUGCAGCUCAUUCCUCCCCCGACCGUGCCCAUCUUCUUCCUGGAAAAGCACCAGCUUGAUCACACCACCAGAAUUAUUGCUUCAAAAUUAUCCAUCACUAUUUGUUGGCUAUGUCUAAUGGUCAACAGGAUGUAUACGAAAGUUUAGUGAAUUUAAUGGUAGCUAGUGCACUGUGAUUAAGAACUCAGAUCAAAUAAUAGACAAAUGAAGAGUAUGGAUAUACUGGUACAAAAUGUUUCUUUCCCCUAUCUUUACCCAUAUGCUCAAUUCUUCAAGAAAGUUAUUAGUUC